AUGUCUGCCGUCCAGAAGGUCGCCCGCCGCACCCUCUACACCUCGAUGCGGCAGUUCGCACGCAGUUUCGAGGCGCACCCGCAGCCCAUCUCCAUGACCGGCUCGCAGCCCGGAGACUGGGGCCGGAUCGUCCGCACCCGGGGACAGAACUUGGUCCUUUACUCUGGCUUCAUGAGCGCGGUGCUCUUCUGGCCGGCUGCGGCCAGGUGGAUGCUUGACGGCCGGGUGUAA